AUGGGGGAAGACUUUGCUGCCUAUGACUAUACUUACAGCCAGUCAUUUGGCAUCUGUCACAGUUCUGGAGCUGUUUUCCGCCUGAUUGCCAGCUCCACCCAAGCAUACAUCCGCAGAAUCGGGGAGGUCAGGGUGAUGGAGGAGGAGGAGGUUCGGCGGCACACAGGCACUCUGCUCCUGACAGUGCCUUGCCUCAGAAGGGAAGUGAAGCGCGCUUGCCAUGCUCAGUGGCAUUUCCAAAUGGAGCUCAGCUGGGGGCCUGUGCCUCUGAUUUUAGGAUCUUGUGGUACUGUUGUGUCUGGAGCCAGCAUGGUUGUAAGUAAAUCGGAAGUUUGGGUAGAGGAAGAAUCACUUACAGAGCCAGAAGAAAAGCAGGAAGGAGAAAAUUCCCCCAAAGCUGAAGUUGCUUCUCUAGAAAUUCUCAAUCAGGCAAAUCAUAGGAUGUUGCAGAAGUCCUGCCAUCAGCAGUUUGAAUUCAGAGAUGGGCAUAUUUUCAGCUCUUGCAUUCCGAACCUGGUGUUGGGGGUCCAGCAUUUUAAAUUGCAUUCAGGUUCCGGAAUUGUUUUGGUGAAGAAGAAUUGUUUUGAUAAGCAUCAGAAAUGGCUCCACAAAGAAGAGAGCAGGACUUUUCACCUGAUGAUUAAUCCAAACCUGGUACUUGCAGUAGCCCUGCCCACAGUCUCAAUGGAAGAUCUUGCCAAGAUCAAAAGUUUCCCUGUUAUUAUUCAGACGUAUAAACCUUACUCUAAUGGGGCUUCCAAUCAAAAGUGGCUUUACCUGAAAAACAAGAACGUACUGAAGGCCUUUCAUAGCUCACAGAUGGACAUAGAAGUCACGAUUGCGAAUCAUGCUGGCAUUUGUACGUCAACCGUGACAAACGAAGAGGAGGUCAACCAAGUAGGCUACUCCUUCCGUCCACCUGGCAGCAAGACCAGGAUCAUGAUCUGCUUGUCCUGCGCCAGGUCUGUGGUCAGCCAGAAAGAUUUGAAAAAAUUAUUUCCAGGAAUCAAGUUCUUCUGUGCCUUUGGCUCCAAGGAGUGCAAGCAAUUCUCCUUAAGAAACCCUAAAGUCAUCAAUAAGAACCAGCUCAAGAAUUUUGAACUCAUUCAUUUAUGUUUUUUAGAGGCUCAAUAUGGGACAAGAUCUUUAAAUGAGAGAAAUAGUGAUUUAUCCUCUUGUGAAGAUGAAAACAGUCUAAGGCAUUAUGAAGAACUUCUGUUAUCUUUUCAACGAAGGGUCAACAUGCAAUCUUUGUCACAUGAUAUUUUGGCAACCAUGCGCCAGACACCGGUGAAAAUAAUCGCGCAUAAAAAUGGAACGAGAUCCGCUAAUGGCAAAUUAAUUAUUGCUCAAUCUUUCCCUGUGCUUCUUUCAGGAUGCACAUUACAGCUUGGUCUGAACAGAGCAGCUUCUAGACUCUACACAUAUGAUGGCACAGCCAUCCUUAACCUAAAUAAUUUAAUUUUGUGGGCUAUAAAUGAAUUUUUAAAAAAUAGAGACAUAGAAGAUAAAAAAUAUACUUCUUCUGAGGAGAACAAAGAAGUGGCUACUCAGAGUGCAGAAGAUAAAAAAACAAACCAAGGAGAUAGCAAGCUGCCUCCACAAAUCAUGAUGCCGGCCCGUUUCCAUUCUUUCAACUCUUCUUUGCUCUCCCACGUUCUCAAAAAUCCCAUAGAAGUUUGGGUUUCAUGUGGGGAACCAUUUAUACCUCUGGAUGCUCUGCAAAGAUCAGAAAAACUUCAGAGAAAGAAUUGGCUAAAGAAGGACAGAAUUUUGGCUGAUCUGGAAGUCAUGAAACAUAAAAUGAGACAGUUAAAAGGACGAAGAGUCUUUGAGAGUAAUCCUGGAAAUGGAAUUUACCCUAUUUGCCCUGGUAGGCGCACAGUACUCAAAGGUAACUGGAUGGAGCCCUCUCAGGAGGAGAGGAAAUUACUGAAGUACAUUAUAAGUGCGAAGGCACGCCUUACUGAGGUCCAAAGUCAUGAGACCAAAUGCAAUUCUCCAGUGUCUACUAAACAAACCAGCCUGUAUCUUCAGCCCAACACAAAAAGAGUCUUUGCUUACCUCAGCGGUCACGAACAUGAAGAUGGUUUUUAUGUCUGGGGCAGAUCAAUUGCAGAGCUCCUGAAUGAGAGCUCUCUGCGCCUUGGGAUGAUGUGCCCAGCCAAGACCAUGUACACCCUGGAUGGAAAGCCCCUGACAUCUUGGAAUGAUAUUAAGAGGGACAUGGUCAUUUGUGUUUCUGCUGGAAACCAUUUUGUAAGCCAGAAAGAUAUAAAGCAACGGGUGUCCAUGCGAGCAAAUUAUGCUCGUAUCAGAAAACUGAAGGGGCCUCAUGCUACAGAUAUUGUUGCGUUUGCCAUAGAGAGACCCCAAUCCAAGACAAAUAGGUCAGACUCAAUCCUGUCUCUGCACACAGCUUCUUGUUUCGAAGGCUGGGAUCGGCCUCGUUCAGCUACCGCUAAACAAAUGAUUACAGUAGAGAAGCCAUUUAAAAAAAAAUGAAUGAAGACAACGUGAAUUGAGAUGAAUGCAAAUUUUCCAAACCAAAUUUGAACAUUUAAAGAAAAUUCCAUAUUAGGCUCAAAAGUACAAA